AGCAGUAGCUGUCUGCAACAACGAAGUGAAAGUAAACCAAUAACCGGACCAUAACGUUUGGAGUGAUUUGUGGUCAGGGGAGAAAUAGUUGUACGUGAAAAUAAAUAAUGAUACAAUGCAUCUAACUCCGAAGUCUUACGCAAAGUGGGGCAUGUUUCAGCUAUUGUUGAUUCAUCUUAUCUGACCUGUUGAAGAUGGAUGAAGAGAUGGAAUCUCAAAGAAGUGUGACUGCUGAAGUCAAGCCAGAGGGUGUAACGAAUGAUGUUCCAGAACCAAACUUAACAGACGAGAAAGAUGAACUUUAUUGUGGACCACCAGGGGAUGAUACUACAAAAGACUGUGGACAAAUGGAGAACACGCAAGAUGAGAUGGCAUCUCAGACUUCGAUGGACUGUGGAUCUGCAGGUGGGCUGGAUGAAUCUGUCCUCGCAGGCAGCAGAAGUGACACAGCUCAAACACACUGUUCUAAUGGACAGAAAUCCAAGAGGUCCACUUCGCCUGGUUCUCUCCCUGUGACAACAACCUGUGUUGCUACACACUCUCCAAAUCCAAAACUCACCAUCUGUCUUACUGAUAGUCCCGGGAAGGGUGUCAGUACACCCAGUGAUGUGGAGAUGCUGAGCCCAGACAGCCCCAUCUGUAAAACCAUGCUUGUCAACAGCUCUGCAGACAAGGUCCAUGAUUGCAGUGCUUGUGCAGAGGACUCUGGCUCUGCAAAGGAAUCACAGCAGUUUGUCAAAGACUGUGAUUCUGAAUGUCCGGCCGUAGAAAACGUCCACCAGGUUGCCACGGGAACUGAGGAUGCUGAGAAAGCAGAGUGCAGUGGCUCAUCUGAUAUGAGCCAGGACUUAACUGGAAGCCAGUCAGGUGCACCUAUUGAAAGAGGUUCCUUCGCAUUGCAUAACAUGGAGAAAGAAUGGCUGGGGACACCCAUAGAGGAGCUAAACAGAAUGCCCCAGUGUGCACCCCCGCUAUCUCACCUGAAAGCAAUGCAUAACCACACAGUCGCAGUCAGGACGGAUCGCCUCAGAGAGGGAGAGGUCCCUAUUUCAUACCCCAGCAAGUUCAAAGAUGCGUGGGAUGAUGUGUCUGUGAAGAUGCCCUGCUCUGAGAAGAAUCUGUUUCCUAUGGAUACUGAUGACGGAGGUGGUGUCCAAAGUCGGUGGGAGCUGAUCCACACUGCCUUACAUGGAGGGUUCAAAAGUUCUCUGGAUGUGAGGGAUGCUAUUUUGAGAUACAACACAGCCCAUGCAAAGAAAUGGGACUUCACUGCCCUGAACCUUCUUUGCACAGAGUGUCUUGAGCAUUCUGAGCUACAACUCCUGUUCGAGGUCAUACUACCUGCUAUGGUUGACCUAGCACUCAAUGCUCCUGUCCUCUGCACAAUGCCAAUUCCCCUACUGAAGUCAAGGAUACACCACUCCGUGACUCUGUCUCAGGAGCAAAUAGCCUGUCUCCUGGCCAACGCCUUCUUCUGCACAUUCCCCCGACGCAACUCCCGCAAGUCGGAGUACUGCAAUUAUCCUGAGAUCAACUUCUACAGGUUAUUUGAAGGUUCUUCGCCAAGAAAAAUUGAGAAAUUGAGAACUCUGCUGUGUUACUUCAGGAAAGUUACACAGACCAAGCCCAAGGGUCUUGUUACAUUUACAAGACAAACAUUGAACACUGCUCCAAACUGGGAAAGUUCCCAGACCCAGCUGAAGCGCCUACAUAUCACUUGUGAGGGGACGAUUGAAAAGAAUGGAUACGGGAUGCUGCAGGUGGACUUUGCGAACAAGUUUGUAGGUGGUGGAGUAACAGGACACGGACUGGUCCAGGAAGAGAUCCGGUUCCUCAUCAACGCUGAACUCAUUGUCUCCCGCCUCUUUACCGAAGCUUUGGAUUACAAUGAAUGCCUCAUCGUCACAGGCACUGAACAGUACAGUAAAUAUUCUGGCUAUGCUGAGAGUUACAAAUGGAAGGCCAACCACAAGGAUGAGAUCGCCAGGGAUGACUGGCAGAGACGAUGUACAGAGAUUGUGGCCAUUGAUGCUCUUAAAUACAGACACUUCCUCGAGCAGUUUUUCCCAGAGAAGAUGACCAGAGAACUCAACAAGGCAUACUGCGGAUUCUUUCGAAACAACAUCAACAGCAAGCACCUCUCUGCAAUAGCCACAGGCAACUGGGGCUGUGGAGCUUUCGGUGGAGACACGCGGCUCAAAGCGCUGAUUCAGUUGAUGGCUGCAGCAGAGGCCGGGAGAGACAUGGCUUACUUCACAUUCGGAGAUGCUCCGCUUAUGAGAGAUGUUCAUAAAAUGCACACUGUCCUCACCGAGAGACAAGUCACCAAUGGGAGGCUGUACAAGCUUUUGAACCAGUACUCCAACGUGAUGUGCAAGAAUUGUCGCACGACUCGACCUGAUGUCAGCCUCUACGAUUUCAUCUAUGAGAAAGUGUCUUCCCCCACGCCCGCCGCUGCCCCGGACUCUGCCAAGGAUGUUGGGAUGUCCCCUGUACCAUCGGACUCUCAUUAACACGGACAGAGCUGCAACUAAUCCUCCCUCUCCCUAUCUCUACAUAUCUCUACAUGUAAAAGAGACUCCAGGUUAACGAACCUCAAUGUGCUAUCAGCCUUGAUCUUACAAUCACUUUUUCUCUCACAAAUACUCCCUUUAAGUUUGUGAUCCCAACACACAAACUACCAAAACACAGUUUUGCCUUGAUGUUGGUGGUAUUAUAGGAGACGCGUAGUAUAUCACCAAAUGUGGUGAAAUGUUUCAGAGACUUAUAACAAUAGUAAAUCCUGGUUGCUGUUAGGCCUUUCUUUAGUCUAAAUGUGAUGUGGAAUUAUUUUGUUUUUACUCUCAUUACAAAUAUGGCCAAAUAUUCAUCAUAUGCAUGGUUGUGAACACUUUUCAUUAUUAAUAAUCAAGGACAUGAUAAUCAUCCCUAGUUAUCUUUUCCUAUAUUGCGUUUGCUACUUUUUUGGAUGAGCUGUCUUCUCUAUUUACCAUACCCAGGCUGUGAUGAGGUUCCUGAAUGCAGAGAGGCGAUUAGAUGCCAUACUGUGGUCUAUGCAUGGGCAACAUUUAUUUAUCAGAUAUUCUACAAAUAUAUGCUUUUUUUUUUUGCCCCCAGAAUGACGACAUUCAAUACGCAUAUCCUUAUUUUAACACGAGUCAAAAUUAUAAUUUUCAGACUUUUAAAUACCUUUCUGAACUUCAUGAUUUUCAAAUGUAUUCAGUGUUAAGUGCAGUAAUGCUGAUGUACGGUAUAUUCAAAUAAAGGAGGGAGCCGAUAAAGAGA